AUGAAUCUUAUUAACAAUUUUCUAACAUCUACUUCUAAUUCUGAUUCACCGAUGCCUGGUUUAUUUGUAGAAAAUUCAAAUACCACUAACGAUGCAGUUAGAGAUAGUAAUGAUAUCGAUGAUCAAUCUAAUGCCAUUGUAAAUGAUUCAAGCAGAAAUCAUAAUAUUGGAUAUAGAAUCAUCAAAUAUUUAUUGAAGCUCCCCGUGAUUAUUAUGUAUUUCACUAUUAACAUUUUACUGGUGUUGAUUCAAUUAAUGAAACCCUUUAGAAUAUUAUAUACUUAUUAUCAUAAACAACACCAAAAGCAAUUCAAUUAUCAAGAUAACUUGGACAUGUUAUUUAAUACAUUAGUCAAAGAUUCUGAUCCUAUGAAAUCUGCAGCUGAAGAUGAAGAUCACAUUUACACAUUUGAAUCAUUAUAUUCUGGGAACGGCAUACUGUCAUCUCAUGUGUUUAAGGGAACCUAUCCUGAAUUAUUGAAUAUAUGCACAGAACAAUGUAAGUUUGCGAUACUUUACAUACAUGAUCCCUUAUUAGACGAUAAAGCGCAGUACAUCAAUGAUAUAUUAUGUACCGAACAAUUUGUAAACAUGAUGAGAAAAUAUCAAUGUCUUAUUUGGUUUUCUGACAGUACCCACUCUGAGGGAUUACAGGUACUUAAUAGCUUUAAAGUGGAAAGAUUUCCUUAUCUAGGUUGUUUGUCUCUUAAUGAAUCAUUCAAUUCAAUUUCAAUCUACCGACUAGAAGGUCGAUUGUAUACCUGGGACCCAAACGUGUUAAAUAACUGCUUAGCAAAGGAAUACCAAAAGUUAAUUAAACUGAGACAAACAAAACAGAAUAUAGAGCUUCAAAGGAUAAUUAAAUUACAGCAGGACUCUAGAUACAAUUUAUCUUUACAGAGGGACCAGGAAAGAGAGAGGCUGAGAAGACAGGAGAGAGAUCUUCAAAUUGUUGAACAAGUGAGACAAAAUAAGAAAUUGCAAUGGUUGAAGUGGAAAAGAUCUACACUUCUAUCGGAACCUUCUGAUAGCAUCAAUUCUUGUAGAGUGGCGAUUCGUUUUGAAGAUGGAAGCAGAAUAGUGAGAAGAUUUGAUAAAACACUACCUAUAGACGAAAUAUAUGCCUUUGUAGAUGCAUCUAUCAAUGAAGAAAUACUUAAUAGUUAUACAUCUGAUGAGAUUCUGGAGCCGCCUAAUGAUUAUGAACAUCAAUAUCCUUUUAUAUUAGCCACCUCAGUUCCUAGAAGACAACUAAAUCCAUCCACCUUAAUAGAAAACGAAAAUAGUAUUUAUCCUUCAGGAAAUAUAAUAGUUGAACAAAUAAACUAA